AUGGAGUACGCGCUCCGAUCUCCUGUGAGGCUGGUCUCGCUACGUCCAUGGGAAGCAAUACUUUCUUUCGAGAGAGUUGCUGUCGUAUCGGCGGCGUCUCGGUACGAAGUACUCGCCCGUAAGACUGUCUACGAGCCCAGACCACAGGACGGGCAUAUUCAAAGCGUCGGCGUGCAGGAGGCGCACUGCACAACCACUUGCACGGGAUCGAGAAUCGUCGAUCGAAAAUCCAGAUUGACCGAGACACCCGUCCAAACUCGAGAGCAGUGCAGAUCCGAGGCCAGCGACUCCAGUCCCGAGGGCCAUUGUUGGCCGAAACCCACAACUACUCGUACCCGGAGCAGGAGAAACUCUCCAGUUAAGGAGCGAUUGCCACGCACAAUGGAGAAGCAGCAGCGGCAAAGCCAACAGAGGCAGUGCCGAGCACGGCCCGAACAAAGGUUGGUUGGUCAAGGACGCUUGGUACACUUGGUACACUUGGUACUACAGCUCGAAGCAUGGAGGUUGACAUUCGGUUGUCCAACUGCCUGA